AAAAACCACAUGGAAAAGGAGCACAAGGAGAUUGAGCACACCUACAGAGAGAAACUCUCUAAGAUGGAGGAGAGUCAUGACAACCAGAAAGUUGAACUAUUAAAGAAAUUUGAACAAGAAAAGAGUGAUAUUUAUGAGGAGUGUGAACACAUAAAACAAACAGAAUUGGCCGCUCGGCAACAGCAGCUCCAGAACUUCUUUGCUAAAGAAAAACAGGACAUGAUGGACAAACACGAGUACGAGAAGAAUUCACUAAAUCAGCGAUUUGUUGAGGAGAAGGAUGCUAUGAUUAAGAGUCUACAAGUAGAGUAUGCCCAGGACCUGGAGGUACAAGUGACAGCAGUACAAGAGGACUACGCCCGUGACAAGGCAGAACUUGAGGCCUACAUAACAAACCCCAAUGAGUCACAGCUUCAGCAGCUGGAACAGGAGAAGGCUGAGCUCGAAGAGAAGCUGUUUGAGCACCAGGAAGAGAUGGAACACCGCAUUGAGGAGGCAAGGACGAGGCUCAGGGAGGAAUUAGAAGCUACCAAGGAGGAGGAAAUAUUAAAACUUAAGUCUCAAUUUGAAAAUGAGAGUGCAAAAAUGAGAACAGGCAUAACUGUGAAUAGUCAAAAUGAUAUACAUAGGUUAGAAGUUAAAUUUGAGGAAGAGAAAACCAAGUUAAGAGUGGAUUUUGAAUCUGCAAGAGAGGAAGACAAGAGUGAGUUUGAUCUUAACAUCUUGCAGCAAAGAGAGGAGCUAGAAGCAAGAUAUAAUAAAGAAAGGGAAAACUUGGAGGAAAAGUAUGAGGACCAGCUACGGAGGCUGAACGAUGAACUACAGGCAAAGAUAAAGGAAUACGAAAACAGUCUCUCCGAGGGAGUGGAUGCCCUGAAAGGAAAGACAAAGGAGGACUUCUUCAACAUUCUGUCUAGUGAGAAGGACUUGAUUGCUGUGAGACAGAAGGAGGAGGUGUCUCGGGGUAUAGAGAAGGAGAAAGUGGAGCUGGAAGGGCAGUAUACCAGUCGCAUACAGGAGCUAGAGCAAGCCUUUGCCCAGGAGAAGGAGGAGCUGCGAGACAGGUAUGAAGGUCAGAUUGUGGGACUCCGGAGUCAGCUUGAACGUCUCACUGUGAGGUUAGAUGAGGAGAGGGAAGCCAUGGAGGAGCGGUUUGAGGAGGAGAGGGAAACGCUCGAGGAGGAGCUGGCUCGUACUAUUAAGGAGGAACUAGAGAUAUCGGUGGUAGGCAUUGGCAAGAAAUUCUUCGUGCGGACGGCACGAGUGAACCAGUCAAAGGUAGAGAGACCUGUGCUGUU